CCAAGGGUCUCGUAGAUAUCUGGGAAUGGGUACCCAAUGGGAUAUCGUAUGGAUAAUUUGAGUAGAUCCAAACGAAUUCCUAUUAAAGCAGGUGCCCAGCGAUUGUGCCCUUUUCUCCCCUCCCCUUAAUCUUCUUUCUUUCCAAGUUUUCAAUCUAGGUGAAUACAUCAAUUGUCUCGAGUAUCACGGUGCUUUGUGAAAGGGAAUGUUGAGGUUAUGAAACGCGCCACUAGAGUGGCUAUCGUUGCGAUAGUACUCUUUUUCAAUCUUCUUUUCGUGUUUUUUCAUCUGCGCAAUAUCUUUACUGUUUUCGAUAUCGUGGGUGCGUCAAUCGAUGGGUACAUUCCUCGGCCAGUGAAGACCGGACAAGAUAGAGCUGUGGUGAUUCCGCACUUAAAGACUGAAGACAUAAGCUGGGUUGAGGAGUUUUUACCUGAUUGGCAGUCAUACAUUUACGCUGUUGACGAUCCAGAUGCCAAACUACAUACGCGAAACAAAGGCCAUGAGUCAAUAGUGUAUCUCACAUAUAUUAUUGACAAUUACGAUAAGCUUCCUUCGAUAAGCGCUUUCCUCCAUGCCCACCAAAAUGACGUAGCUGGUCACGAUAACGUUAUUUCUUUAAACACUCUCAACCUUGAUUUUGUACAAGAACAAGGCUACGUAAAUCUUCGAUGUGCUUUGAAGCCCGGCUGUGCACUAUCAGAUGUUGCCCCUAACACACACAUCAACCCGGAGAUCUGGAUGCAAGUAUUCGGGAACGAUACGGCUAUGCCCGCAGAGAUCGGCGCAACAUGUUGUGCUCAAUUUGCGGUUUCGAAAUUACAGAUAUUGCAAAGAAAAAAGGAGGAGUACAUACACUAUCGGGAUUGGGUACUCCAAACUCCAUUACCGGACCGAGAAAGUGGGAGAGUUAUGGAAUAUCUUUGGCAUAUCAUAUUUGGGAGGGAUGCCAUGCAUUGCCCAGAGCCCAAUCAAUGUUAUUGUGACGUAUAUGGCAGGUGCGAUCAAUGA